UAUUGCUUCCAUAUUCUUUUAAUAGGUGGUACCCUGUUUUUUAUCCUAAUUUUUCUUUAUUGUUCUUCAUUAACCUAUUGAUUCUUUUCUUCAUUUGUUCUAAAAGUCAGUGAGUAGUAGAGUCUUUUAGUCUUGUAGUUGUUGGGGAAAAUAUCUUUACCAUGCCCCUUUUUGUUUAAAUGGUUUCAGCUUGUAUAAGUCUUGAGGACUGUUUCACUUCACUAAUUGAGGGAAUAAAGCUUAUUUGAUCCAACGUCAAAAAGUUGAAAUGGGACCAAGGUGGAAGGGAAAGGGUUCAGAAGCUAAGGCACUUGCAGAACCCAUGUCAAAAAUAGUCCAACAGCUUCAAUCUUCUCUAAUACAAUCACAAACACAUGGGUCACUCUCAAGUUGCAGUGUUCUUAUUGAAGCAGAACCUGAACAAGCCCAUCUUCUAAAUAUGGCUUGUUUUGGCAGACCCAUUGUCACAGUUGAGAAAGAUAAGCAGUGGUAUCAAUUAGGUUUUGAGGAGGCCUUCUACCUAUGCUACUCUCUCAAAUGUCUUCAAAUUGUAGGGGUGGAAGAUAAUUGUGCAAAAAAUGAAGAAGAGCUAUGGAAGUACAUGAUUUCUAAGAGAACAGAAUUCCCUGAUUUUUAUAAUGCUUAUUCUCAUCUUCGGAUGAAAAAUUGGGCUGUUCGGCCAGGUUCUCAGUAUGGUGUGGACUUUGUUGCUUACCAUCACCACCCAGCUCUAGUGCAUUCUGAAUAUGCAGUGAUUGUUGUGUCGGAAAGUGGUGAUAAUGCGAAUAGGAGAUUGAGGGUUUGGUCCGAUUUGGAAGGCACUAUUAGGCUCUGUGGCAGUGUUGCCAAAACAUUGUUGGUUCUUACUAUCAAUAGUAAUGGCUCUGAUUUGGGUUUUCCUUUAUGUUUGGAGCAGUAUAGCAUUGAAGAACGUACAUGCACGAGGUGGAAUCCUGAGCAGAGUCGUGAAGAAUGAAGAUCAUCCUGUUAUAAGAAAUGGUAUGAAUGAGACCCAGUAGAUAUUUGC